CCGAGUCGCCCCUGGCAGUGUCGCUCUCGCUGGGUUCCCGCUAGGCCGCCAAGCUGGCGGGCCAGGGGGAAACGCUGAGUCCCCAAAGUCUCUCCUCCACCUCUCCGUCGUCAUCUUCAGAAGUAUUUAAGAUAAACUUUAUAUUUCCAAAUGGAGACAAAUAUGAUGGUGACUGUACAAGAACACCUUCUGGAAUCUAUGAGAGAAAUGGAAUAGGCAUUCACACGACCCCUAAUGGGAUUGUCUAUACAGGAAGUUGGAAAGAUGACAAGAUGAAUGGUUUUGGCAAACUUGAGCAUUUUUCAGGAGCAGUAUAUGAAGGACAGUUUAAGGACAAUAUGUUUCAUGGAAUGGGGACUUACACAUUUCCAACUGGGGCAAAAUACACUGGAAACUUCAAUGAAAAUAGGGUAGAAGGUGAAGGAGAAUACACUGACAUUCAAGGACUACAGUGGUGUGGUAACUUUCAUUUCACAGCUGCUCCAGGCCUGAGACUAAAGCUCUUCAUGUAGAUAGAUGUUCUGCGUGAGUUAAAUUUGGUAACUGAGCUUUCAGUUGUAUGUGAUCAACUGUGUCUGUAACCUGAUGUGAUUUCAUACACUUACUUGUAUGUUAUAAGUUGGGCAAUAAAUCCAUCAUCCACUUAUACCUCUAUGAAUUUU